AUGGGCCCUUGGUGGGCUCUGUGGCUGAUACUCACCCUGCCCCAAACCCUGGAGAGUCAGAUCCCAGCCAUGCCUCAAGGCUUUCCCCAGAUGACAAGCUUCCAAAGUGACCAGUUUCAGGGGGAGUGGUUUGUUCUCGGUCUGGCGGACAACACUUACAGGAGAGAGCACCGGGCCUUGCUGAAUUUCUUCACCACAUUGUUGGAGCUGAAAGGCAACAGUCAGUUUCAGGUGACCAACUCCAUGACUCGGGGCAAGCGCUGCAACACUUGGUCCUAUACCCUGAUCCCAACAACUACCCCUGGCCAAUUCACCAAGGACAGAGGUGAGAGAGACGUGGGGCCUGGGGCAGACAAAGAGAGCAUACAGGUCAUAGAGACAGACUACGUCAACUUCGCCCUGUUGCUGUCCCUCAGACAGACAAGCAGCCAGAACAUCACAAGGGUCAGCCUUCUGGGUAGAAACUGGAAGCUUUCUCAUAAGACAAUAGACAGGUUCAUCUGCCUGACCAGGACCCAAAACCUCACAAAGAAUAACUUCCUCUUUCCUGAUUUGACUGACUGGUUACCAGAUCCAAAAGUCUGCUGA